GUAGCCACAAUGAUCAGUCUUCGCGUAAAUUAUAUCGCGAAUAGUUAUCUGAAUCAAGUGAUUUUAAUUUUUACAUAUUAAUCUUAAAAUAGCACGUGUAUUUUUAAACGUUUUAAAACAAAGCAACCCAGAAAAAUAACAAAAGUGGUUUAUUACCUUGUGAGUUCAGUGUCGUUUAGAUAAAGAAUAAAUUUAAAGUAAUUUUAAAUCCCACAAUUAUCUCUGUUAUCUUAAAAUCUAGAUCUUAACCCAUACCGAACAAACAAAGUGUAACAAUAACUCGUUAAGUGUUACUCAGUGUAAAUCAGUUUAUCUCCAGAUAAGUGAGUUUAGUGUGAGUGUGAAGAGGUGUACAGUCACAUGUGGAUAUGGGGGGGAGCGAUUCUGAAAAGGAAAAGCUUAAUCCCAAUGGAUGGUUACAAGCUCGCUCCAGCCAGCAGUUCAACGUGAUACGAAGGGUGUACCAGCAAGAUGCACUAAAUAAGGAUGCUGACUACCAAGUGCCUGAGAAACCUUUGAGCUACAGAGCAAAGAAAGUGGUCCAGAGCUGCGGUUUUGCGGAAUGUCUCUUGAAUUCCCUGCCCAUAGUGAAAUGGCUGCCAGCGUACAGCCCCAAGCGGGAUUUGAUCGGAGACCUAGUUGCUGGAGCCACCACGGCGGUCAUGCAUAUACCGCAAGGCAUGGCAUACGCGCUCCUAGCGGAAGUGCCACCGAUCGUCGGUUUGUACAUGGCGUUCUUCCCAGUUCUCAUAUACGUGAUAUUUGGGACGUCCCCCCACGUGUCCAUGGGGACGUUCGCGGUCGCCUGCUUGAUGGCCGGGAAGGUGGUAACUCAACAUUCAGGACACCCAGCAAUACCUGUAAUUACGAAUGCAACUGAUUUAAGUGAUGCUGGAAUACAAGUAGCGCCGCAGUAUACGCCACUACAAAUUCUCAGUAUAGUGACGCUGGCUGUUGGAUUAAUACAGGUAGCGAUGUGGGUGCUCCGUCUCGGCGCGGUGUCCACCCUCCUGUCGGAGCCGCUGGUGUCCGGUUUCACCACGGCCGCCUCGUUCCACGUGCUUGCGUCGCAGUUGAAAGACCUGUUCGGGAUAAAGCUGCCGAAGCUGGGCAAUAACUAUAAAGUCAUUUUUACAGUCAUAGAGAUGUUCAAGAACCUGCCUAACACGAACUGGGCGGCCUUCACGAUAUCGGCCAUAGCCUGCACCAUCAUAGCGCUGAACAAUGAGGUGCUGAAGCCGUGGGUAAGCAAGCGGAGCCGGGUGCCAGUGCCGAUAGAGCUGCUAGCUAUAGUGGCGGGAACUCUCGUAUCGAAAUUCUGCGAUUUGAAGGCGUUGUAUGGAAUUUCUUUAGUCGGAAACAUACCAACUGGCUUACCAGUCCCAGAAGUGCCCCCAAUAGAGCUGCUAUCGGAGAUAGCGCUCGACGCGUUCACCAUCACCAUGGUGACCUACACCAUCUCGAUGUCCAUGGCCCUCAUAUUUGCGUCGAAGGAGAAGUACGAGAUUGACGCCAACCAGGAGCUGCUGGCGCUGGGAGCGAGUAAUGUGUUUGGAUCAUUCUUCUGUUGUGCUCCGCUCUGCGCUAGUCUAUCCAGGUCCUACAUACAGUAUCAAGCGGGCAGCAAAACGGGUAUAACGUCAGUGGUUAGCGCUGUUCUAAUACUAUGCGUGUUGCUCUGGGUUGGGCCGUUUUUCGAACUGUUGCCGCGCUGUGUUCUCGCCUCCAUCAUCGUGGUCUCUCUGAAGGGGAUGUUCAUGCAAAUAAAGGAGCUGGCUAAGUUUUGGAAGUUAAGUAAACUGGACGCCAUAGUGUGGCUGGUCACAUUCUUAACGACCAUGUUAGUUAAUAUAGACAUUGGCCUAGGGGCAGGUCUGUUGGCGAGCGUAGGGGCACUAUUCUGCAGGUCGCAGAAACCCUACACCUGCCUCUUGGGGAGAGUGUUGGACACCGAUCUAUAUCUAGACAUCAAGAGGUACCGAGCUGCAGAAGAAAUCGCCGGUAUCAAGAUAUUCCACUACUGCGGCGGGCUCAACUUUGCCACCAAGAAUCUGUUCAGGGACACGCUUUUUAGAAAAAUCGGUUAUAUGAAGGAGGUAGAAGAAGAUAACCUCACCAAGAGCGAGUCGUACGAGUGGGACUCUAAUAUUGGGAGGAGGAUACAGUGCGUAAUCAUAGACGCGACGGCGCUCUCGUAUGUGGACGCGCCCGGGAUCAAGAGCCUGGUGAGCGCGCACCGGGAGCUAGUGGCCGCCAACAUCGCUGUGCUGCUUGCCGGCGCUAAUGGUCCAGUACUAGAAAUGAUAGAAAGAUACAACUCCCUCGAAUCGGAACAGCUCCAACUGGACACCUUCCCCACGGUGCACGACGCGGUGGUGUACUUCAAGGUGCUGGAGGCGAAGAAGGAGCCCACCAUCAUGAUCAGCUCCUGAGGAGUCGCUUGUGGGGGGUCUUUUGAUGAUGGGUAUAUAACCCUUACUCCGACAAAACCCCUCAAAACCCCUGCCGUUUGGUGAAUUUAUAACUAAGGGUCUCUAGCAGGCUGCUUGCAGUUUUAACCAUCCCCCCCUCUUUGAAAUACCAGGCUGGGUGUAAAAGCCUCCCACUUCAUCUAAUUAAACUCUGAACUCCCACAAUGAUGGGAGUAGACUUUUAAUCAAUAUUUAAUGAAUAGAAAUGGUGGUUUAUAUCGACUGUAUUAUUUUUCUGUUUUCCGAAAGUGUGAAGACCCGUGUCCCCUAGUGGGGUAUGGGGCAGAUGAUAUUCAUCUGUUUCACUCAUCGAUUAUCUUUAUGGACAAAUAGGUGAUCAGAUCUUUCUGUGUCUUGCCAGAUCGAUAUUUAUUUUUUUUGAGCAUCUCCACCGGGAAUCGAACCCAGGAGCCCUCGGUUCUACGCUGACGCGUUAACCACUGUAUCAAGGAGGCGGUUAAGAUUUUCCUAUAGCUCCGUGGCUUUUCGAGACGUGAUUCUGUUUGUGUUUGUCAGGGAAUUCUUGACAUUUGGUCCCAAUUUAGAAGCUGGUAAUGUAAGGAACAUUACCAGCUGAACAUCACGGAAUGGCGACCUUUUAUGUAGACAAUAAUUAUUUCAUAAUCUUCCCCUUACUUCUUACAAAAGCCCUUAUCCAUUAGUAUAAUCACACGCGUUUAAAAUUUCACCUGAAAUGGUCAAGUGGUUUUGACUUUUGAUCGAGCAUUUUCACUUUGAAAUUAAUUAUGAAUCAGCGCAUGUUUUCGAAUAGAAAUGAUAUAAUAGUAUAAGUCUAAAACAGUCGGACAGAGUUACAUUAACAAUUAUAAUAUUACUACGGAUGUGAAUGUUAAUAAGCAUUAUUCGUACUUAAUACAGUUCUGUAAAUUUAACGCAAGAUACUUAAUUUUUCCACUAUUAGUUUAAAUUUAUAGUAAAAAAUUGUAAAACGAAAACAGUAAUUUAUCAAUAUUGCAAUCGCACUAGAUAAAAAGGAUUUAGAUAAGCCCCACGUACAAUGAACUAUGUUAACAUGAACCUACUUAAAAAUAUAUUUAUGCAAUUAUAUUGUAUUUUAUUAGGUUAGUAUUUUAUGGAGCUGUUAUAUUGUGGUCCUAAUGUUAUAAAUUGUUAAUCUUUGUACAAAACUGUAGGUAUAGCGAUUUUUAUAUUACCGAAAUUAAAACAACAAAUAUUAUUACGAAGGCCAUUGGUUUCGUGCCUUACAUUUUUAGUGAUAGACUCUAAAUUUCAGUUUUUUCAAUACAGAAGCGUUGCGCUAUCUUUUAUAGUGAAACCGUUGUCACUGGUAGAUCGAAAUAAAGAAAGACUAUUUUUGUAUUGAAUUUAAAUAAGGUAAUUAUUUUUAUAUCGCAAAGUCUUAACAAUUAGACUUUAAUUCGGUUAUAUCGGUUUCGAAACGUAUCGCUACGGAUCGGCUUCGCCGUUUACUUACCUAAAAUGGAAUUUAUUACUUAAUUAGUCGUAAUUAGUUGAAGUAGCUCAAUUGUAAAUAGUUUUUGUUGUGAUAUAGUUAGUUAUUUUAAUAAUUUGCCUGAUGUUUAGUUUUUUUUAUGAUGUAACAAAUAAAAUCAAUUAUUUAUUUUUUUUUGUAAAAAUAAGGCUUGACGCACAUUACACGGAGAUAAGCUGCCAUUCCAUACUUUUAUAUUUUAAGUAAAUUUGUAUGUUAGUGUCAGUGUGCGCCAACCCUUAGUCGUUCAAUCGAAUUUUUAUAAUAGGUAAAUGAAGGAGAACCUUAACUUAAGCGUGCUUAAGUGAAAUGUUAUAUUGUGAUAUUUGUACCUAAGAAGCCUAUUUGUAACUUAUAUUAAUAAAAUGUUAUUUUGUG